UCCGGGUUAGUGCGCAGAACCCGCGCGUAGGCGCGCCUCUACACCUCUGCGCGCGACCGGAGUCGUCCUUCAGCGCGCCGCCAGACCCACCCACUGUUUCCAAAGGAGCCCGGCACGUGGCUCUACGGUCGGUCGAGGGACUCGAGUGACCGAGUGGGAGCACCUACGCCUCCACGUGAAGGUCUCUCCGCGCCCCGCCCAGCGAGCAGGCCCUGCGCAAGCCGGGCGUGGCGCCACCGCGCGAUUGUGACGUCAGGUGCGGGCCGGCGCGCGAUUGGCCUGCUGACAUGUGGCGCGCUCUGGCACCGGCGCGGACGAUUGGUCGCGCGGCGCCAGUAGGCGGGGCCUGGGUGUGGAGGCGCGGUGCGUUUAAAGCGUGCGCAGCGCAGCGGCAUCCUGAGGACGGCCGGCGUCUGAGUUUUCUGGGACAGACCAGACAUCCCGUAACUAUGCCAGAAAUCACCACUGACGGCCUGGAUGAGCAACAGGUUAAGCUCCUGGCAGAGAUGUGCAUACUUAUCGAUGAAAAUGACAACAAGAUUGGGGCUGAGACCAAAAAGAAUUGUCACCUGAAUGAAAACAUCGAGAAAGGAUUAUUGCAUCGAGCUUUUAGUGUCUUCUUAUUCAACACGGAAAAUAAGCUCCUGCUACAGCAGAGAUCGGAUGCUAAAAUCACCUUUCCAGGUUGUUUUACCAAUACUUGCUGUAGUCAUCCCUUAAGCAAUGCAACAGAGCUUGAAGAAGAUGAUGCUAUGGGAGUAAGACGAGCAGCACAGAGGCGUUUAAAGGCUGAAUUCGGAAUUCCCCUGGAACAGGUUCCUCCAGAAGAAAUGAAGUAUCUAACACGGAUUCACUACAAGGCACAGUCUGAUGGUAUCUGGGGAGAACAUGAAAUUGAUUACAUCUUGUUUGUGAGGAAGAAUGUAACUUUGAAUCCAGACCCCAAUGAGAUUAAAAGCUAUUGCUAUGUGUCAAAAGAAGAAAUGAAAGAAAUACUGGAAAAGGCAGCCAGUGGUGAAAUUAAGUUAACUCCAUGGUUUAAAAUCAUUGCUGAGGCUUUUCUCUUUAAAUGGUGGGAUAAUUUAAGUCAUUUGAGUCAGUUUGUUGACCAUGAGAAAAUACAUAGAAUGUGAAUAUGGAAAUGAAUGAUUAGUAAAGUACUAAAAAAUUA